CUGGCCCAAACUGAAGCAGCAUGUCGGGCGAUAACGAUACAGAUUUCGGUCUGAAUGAUGGCAAGAUGGUCAUGCAGAAAGAUUUUGUCACCAUUACUCUCGGAGUUUUGCUGAUAACAAUUAAUGCCUUUGCAUUAGGGGUACUUGCCUCCUGCCAGAAGAUGAUGGUACAAAUCCGACUGAUGGCCAUCAACUUGUCUUGUACUGACCUGCUUGCCGGGGUCCUUUUGAUUGCGGACACCUACUUGCCUGUCAACAUCUCUCUAAUCAGCUGCCGGACCCUGCUCGUGUUCUGGGACAUGGCGGUAGUCGUGUCCUACUGCACAACGACAGUCCUUUCGGUCGAUCGCUACAUCUCCAUGACGUUUCCGCUAAGGUACCAUGCCCUCAUGAACAAGACAAGAAUCAAGGCCAUGAUGGGUCUCACCUGGGUCGUAGGUUUCAUUUUCCACUUUGUAAGGUAUGCUGACGAAUUCCAAACUUACACCGUCUGUAUCCCGAACCUAUAUCAUCAAGGUAAAUUUGCGCGUAAAAUUGACGUCACCGUGUUCGCUGCCAGCAUUCUAAUCAAUGUAAUUCUCAACAUUGUUAUGUUUAGAAGAAUUAUCAAAAUAUCCAGGGUUUCCCGUAUCAACCCGCUAGACCAAAACGUUCGAAAGACCAUGGAAAACAUCCGGAUAUUCACACGAGUUCUGGUCAUUACCGGUACGUUUCUGUUUUUAUACACACCUGUCGUUAUUCUAAACCUGAUUAUUAGUUAUUCCGACGAUAAGAAAUUUGCGCUGUCACUCACUGGUUGGGUAAGUCUUGCCGGGAUGCUGUGUGUCCUGAAUUCGUUCGCCAAUCCUUUUCUGUACGCUUGGAGGUUUCGGGAGUGCCGAUACCAGUUUCUGAUUGCGUUGUGCUACUGCAGCAAGAAACGACGGGAGCAUUACAAAAGCAUGAAGAAGAAAUCGUACAUUACAUACAACAUUUCGUCCAGGGACGUUCCAGAGGAAUCAUAAGCCACAGUCGUUUAUGUCGAAUUUUAUCGUUGUAAUAUCGUUUUUAUCGUUGUAUCGUUAGAAUAUUAACUUUUGAAAUUUGAUGUUCAAUGAUAUCUUUGAAAUGAUUUGUCACGUGCUACGUUAGAUUAAAUGUAUAGUUAUACAUUAUAUAACUUGUACUGACAAUGAUGACGAGAGUCCCCCUUCUCCACACAGCAACUAUUUUCCGAGGCAAAAUUCAAGAUCGCUGAAAUACACUUUAGGUAUAUACAUGUAACCCAAUGCGGACGGAAAUUGGGAAACAUGCUUUGUUCUUUGUCGAUACUGGUUAAAUAUUGUAUGUUGUCAUGUAAAGUACUAUUAACGAGCAUAUACCUGUAUCAAUAAAAAAACUAACAAAGAUCU